AUGUGCCCAAAUGGCGACUAUGUGCAGAAGAACAGGGUAGGCCUUUGCGAAAAAGAGGCGUCAGGCAAUGACUUGUAUGACCUGUGCACCCUUGAGAGACAGGUCUCGACGGUCACUUGUGUCAGCCUAGUCAAGCCGAUUCACCGAGUGUUUGACUGCGGGGGCGUGACAUUAAAGUUGCAACUGGACACUGGGGCCCCUGUGUCGACUGUCACGUGGCCCACGUAUAUCAAGCAUCAGGAUGACUGGCCAAGGUUACACAAGACGUCACUGCAGCUGUCCUGUUUCUUGGGCAAACUACCUGUACGAGGGCGACUGGACGUUCAAGUGUCUUUCCAAGGUGAUGGAGCCACAUUGUUGGGGGAGACCAGCUGCACACUAAAAGUCACGGAGGACAUCUGGAUCGAAUGCUGUUCCUGCACCUAUGUCACCACAGAUCAGCAUGUAAUUGUGAGCCACCUAGCUGCCCAUGGUGAUGAACAAUCCGAGAUCCAGCAUCCUCGCAUGUCUGGCUGUAAGUCCCAAGUUCUUGGCAACAUUCAGAAACACAAGAGUGAAAAGCCAUUUAAGUGCAAGCAGUGCCUCCAAGCCUUUGCUCGAAAUUCCAAUCUGACAAUUCAUAAUCGAAUGCACACUGGUGAAAAGCCAUAUAAGUGCAAGCAGUGCCCCCAAGCCUUUGCUCAGAAUUCCUCUCUACAAAGGCAUAAUCGAACACACACUGGCGAUAAGCCUUUUAAGUGCAAGCAGUGCCCCCGAGCCUUUGCUCAAAAUUCCUUUGCUCGAAUUUUCAAUCUGAGAAAUCAUAACCGGACACACACUGGUGAAAAGCCAUUUAAGUGCAAGCAGUGCCCCAAAGCCUUUGCUCAAGAUUCCAAACUCCAAAACCAUAAUCAAACACACACAGGUGAAAAGCCAUUUAAGUGCAAUCUGUGCCCCAGGGCCUUUGCUCGAAAUUCGUAUCUGAAGAAUCAUAAUCAAACACAUACUGGUGAAAAGCCAUUUAAGUGCAUGCAAUGCCCCAAAGCUUUUGCUGAAAAUUUCAAGCUGAAAUUGCAUAAUCGAUCACACACUGAUGAAAAGCCAUUUAAGUGCAAAAAGUGCCUCCAAGCCUUUGUUCGAAAUUCCAAUCUGAGAAUUCAUAAUCGAAUCCACACUGGUGAAAAGCCAAUUAAGUGCAAGCAGUGUGCCCAAGCCUUUGCUCAGAAUUCCUCUCUACACAGGCAUAAUCAAACACACACCGAGCAGCUGCUUUGUGUUCUGCACCUGAAUGUACAUUGGGUCAUGCUCUAG